AUGUCUUUAAAUUAUGCGAGAGAAUUAUUAAAAAUAUCAAUAAGUCAAUUAUGUGAUGCUAUUGGAUUUGAUACAACAUCAGAAAUUGCAAUUGAUAUAUUAGUUGAUGUUUGUGAAAGACAAUUUCAAUUUCUUGCAAAACAAACAUCAAAUCUUCUCCAAUUAAAUAAUCGUUAUCAACCGAAUUUUUUUGAUCUUUUAUCUGUUUUAUUAGACAAUGAUCAUGAAAAUUUUAUUCAAUUAAAUCAAUAUAUGAAACAAUUUCAAUCAUUAACAUUUUCACAAGAUAUUAUUCAAUUUCCUUAUAAAAAACGAAAUCAAUUUUAUUUAAGAAUUCCACCCAAAGAUUCACAACAAGUUUUAGAAAGAGAUCAAAAUGAAUCAACAGAUUAUAUUUAUGAUUGGUUACCACUUUUUCCUGAUCAAGAAACACCUGAACAACCUGCAUCAAUCAAUGUUGAUACAACUUUUGAUGCGACGAUUUAUAAUGAUCAAGAAAAAAAAAUUGAAAAAUCUGAUUCUCAUCAUCCUUUAACACUUUUAUCAUUUGUAAGUAAAAAUGGUGAUGAACCUAAUCCGGUACCAGUUGGAAAACGAUCAAGUCGAUCGUUACCUUCAAUUCUUUAUCGGCCACGACGUAUUAUCGAAUUGGAAAUAGCACAAGCUGCUGCUGCUGAAAAAGCGAAAAAAGAACAACUUGAAAAGGAAAAUAAUGAAAAAGAUCAACAACAAGGUCCACCACCACCAAUUCGUUUAACAAUACCAAAACCUUCAGCUAAUACUGAUAAACCUUCAAUACCAAUUAAAAAAUUACCAUCAACAACAACACCAUCAUCAUCAUCAUCAACACCAACAACACCAAUUAUUAAUGAAAAUACAACUAAUAAAAAACCUCCAACAACACCAUUAUCAAAUACAAAUUCUCCAUUUGUUAAUCUUGGAAAAAAAAUUAUUGUUAGUCCACCUAUUCAUGAGCCUAUGGAAAUACAUUCACAACCAAAUACAUCAACAAAUUUAUCAGAUGUAUCAUCAAAUUUUGAUAAAAAUAAUGAUAUUAUUCUUGAUUUAUCGAAACCAUCAAGUCUUCCAACACCACCAAUCAAACUUCCAACAUUAAAAUUAAAUAUUAAAAAUGUUACCAAUCCUCCAAUGAAUAAUAAUUCAGAUGUGCCACCAACUGCUACGAAAAAAACUCAACGACCAUCAACAAAUAAUAAAAUAUCAACUAACUCACAUGAGAAAGCAAAUUUGAAAAUUCGUACAUCAUCGUUACCUUUAUUUGGAGCAACUUCUAACACUGUUGAACCUCCGUCUAUGAUUAGUCCACCAGUUGUACUUGCUAAUGAACGUCGAACAACAACAUCUAAUGAACUUUCAAUAAAUGUUAAUCCACCUAUUGUUGAAAAUAAACAAACAAAUGAAAUGAUUGAUUCAACGAAUCGUGUUGAACAAGCAACAUCAUCGUCACAAGUAAAUUGA